CAAACAGAUAAUUUCAACACGUAUUCAGAGGAUGUACAGUGGAGCCAUGGUUCACCUUUCUACUGGGCUGUUGCUAUUUGUUUCUCUCCAGAGCUCAGCACUCGCCCUCCAGAAUGAUUCCCUGCCUCGGACUUUCUCUGGGCACUUUGUCACUUAUGAGCCAGUGGACUAUGUUGACCUCUCAAUGAAGGACGACGGGGGGUUGGGCUCAGGAUCGGAGCAGGAGCCGGUGAAAAAACACAGUCACCACCAUCAUCCACAGAAGCACUAUUUCGUCUCAGAUGGGGUCAAGCGUUUUCUCCAGGGUCCCCUGGCAACAAGCUUUGUCCCGACUGUUUACACCCUCGUCUUCAUCAUCAGUGUGCCACUCAACCUUGUUACUAUGGUGAUGUUUGUGCAUCACAUCCAUCCCAGGAAGCCAGCAGUGAUCUACAUGCUGAAUCUGGCCUGUGCUGAUCUGCUGUUCGGCCUGCUCCUUCCUUUCAAGAUAGCCUACCAUUACCAUGGCAACAACUGGAUCUAUGGCUCCGUCAUGUGCGGGGUUGUGACCGCGGCCUUCUACUGCAACAUGUACUGCUCUGUCCUGCUCAUCAUGUGCAUCAGCAUCGACCGCUUCCUGGCUGUGGUCUACCCCAUGAACUCUCUGACAUGGCGCAGCCCUCAGACGGCUUCGGCUGUGUGCAUCGCCAUGUGGCUGUUGGCCCUUGGAGGGGUCUGCCCUCUGCUGGCCUCAGGACAGACCCUCUACUUGUCAGACCUGAACAUCACCACCUGCCACGAUGUGCAGGAUGUGGGACAACUACAAGCAUACUAUCGGUACUUCUUCCCCAUCUACUCCUCUGUUUUCUUCUUCAUCCCUCUUGUCUUCACCGGCGUAUGUUACGUUCGUAUCAUCCAAGCUCUUGCGGAGGCCAACGUGGAGAACCGCUCCAGGAAGACUCGGGCCGUGGUGAUGGCUGCAUUUGUGCUGGUGGUGUUUGUGGUCUGCUUCACUCCCACCAACAUCCUCCUGAUGGUCCACUACGUUCAGCUGUCCCACGGCUCCAGUGACGCCUCCUACCAGGCGUACCUGCUGUCCUUGUGCGUGGGCAGCCUCAGCUGCUGUCUGGAUCCCGUCCUCUAUUACUUCGGCUCCUCUCAGUGCCAGAAGCAGAUGGCUGCUGUGUUCAGAUGUAGGCGACUGGCACAGGUGAAGAGCAGCUCAGAGAACCACAGCACGAGAAGCAGUGGGCGGACAGACAGCAGCAGCUUAUGCAAGAUGGAGAACGCUGAAACGGACCUGAGCAGCCACUACAGCCGGCUGGUGGCUUAAGUGCAUGAGGAGGCUGAGAGACUU